GGAGAGUUCGUAUCAAAGAACUAGUCUAGCCGGCAUCAUUUUCUUCCCUUUCUCUAUCAUACGCCCUUUAAAAACACAAAAUGGAUAAGAAACCAGAAGUUAAGGUCGAAACAAUCACAAAAGGCGAUGGCGAGACAUUUCCAAAAAACGGUAUGACGGUCAAAGUCCAUUACACAGGCACACUUACUAAUGGGAAGAAGUUUGAUUCAUCAAGAGAUAGAGGGAAGCCAUUCGAGUUCAUUAUUGGAGCAGGAACUGUCAUAAAAGGUUGGGAUGAUGGUGUUGCUAAGAUGUCAAUGGGUGAAAGAGCCAAUAUAACAUGUCCUCCAGAGCUUGCUUAUGGUGAUGCCGGCCAUCCAGGAGUUAUCCCUCCAAAGGCGACGUUGAUCUUCGAUGUGGAACUCCUUGGCUUGAAAUAGUCUCCCAACAAAUAAUCAGUUCAUUAGGAAUCUUCUACCAAUAUAGAUGAGACUGAGAGAUGCCAUUCAUCAUCACACUCAUGGGUCAUACAAGAUUCACUCUGAGCUACAUUUUAUUUUGACUUUUGUUUCACAUCUUGUUGUUGUAUGCAGUCAGAUAGCAGCAGAUGCAGUGUCAUCUCUUGCCUCCUCUAGAAGGGUCAUCAAGUCGAGAACUAGCACUGUUUUUUAUGCUAUCGAGCAACCCCUUUUCUGAACAAGUUGUUGCUGCAACAAACAAAAUUAGGCACUGUGUGCCUCUUUUCUUGAGAAAAUGUUAACCCUUUCGUUUCCGCACCUGGACUGUACCGGAUUCAUGCACUGCGUACUGCUGGUCUGCAUUGAUCUGUACUGGUCAAUUUUCCCUCGGUUUUUGGUUAAGUACAGUCCCUUCAAGUUUGAGGUUUUUUACACCUGAAAAAAUGAGAUGACCGCACUGUAUUGUGGUUAAUAAGGACAUCGCUCCUAACAUUAAGUAUCGUCAGCUAUUUUUUGGUGAAAUGUUUCCCAAGCAAGGUUAGGAUCCAGACCACUCUCUAUAUCCCAGGUGUGGACCAGGGGUACUAUGAAUUUUCCAAACCCUGCGGGACCAAAAGGGUGCAUGAAACGUGAAGACUUUUAUUCUAUGACGAUUCAAUAGAAUUGAUUUGCUAGAUUGACUGCGAAGAAUAAACAUUGAAUUUGUUUGGACACUGCAUCUGCUCUCUAAAGCAAGAAGUAUUAGUUCUGUAUGCAAUGGCAUCAUCUGUAUUGACCAACUUCAGCUUCAUGUAGCUGUGGUGUGUUCGCAGUCGGCAUCAGUUUCGCAUGCAACUUGCAUCUAUUUUGUAUUAUCAUUAUCACUUGGUGUAGAGUCUAGUUCAAUUAAUGGUCUUGAAAAGCGGUGUGUUUUGUUUUCAGGUUUUGGUUUGCCCACCUGGUUGGCGACUAGCAUGUUCAUUCCUGAAAACUUGUUGUCUGAAUGGUGAAAAUUAAAAACAACAUAAAAUUUCUGUGAGUUCUCUGAAAAGUGGAAUCAAAAAUUGCUUGAAAAAAAAAAGAAGAAAAGUCAUGAUGGUUGGCUAAAUGUCAUGUCAUAAUUUCUGCAAAGCCAAAGGAUUGGCAUCAUCUUUUGAGAAAAAUUGCAAUGAAUUUCAUCACUGCAGUUCAGUGGCCAGUGCAUCCCAUUGCAGGCAGCUGUGAGCACCAUCAGUUACAGACUUGGACCAUCUCAUUUUUAAGUCGUCUUUGAGUUCAAUUUAUCCAAUUAAAGUCACGUUCGACAGGGUAAUAAAGAAGGUAGGCCCUGAGAAUUUUUUAUGUGUCAAACACAUUUAUUCAUUCUAUCAUGUAAAAUGACUGUAGAUCCUGGUGAAUACAAUAACCGAUCACGUAUAAUGAAUUAUAUCAUAGUAUCAUUGAAAAGAAUAUAACGUGAAGUAUAGUUACUUGUUGUCAAUAUAGAAAUAAGGUUUUGUCUGAAACUGGCCUGAACAAAAACAAGUUUCUCUUUCUGCCGAAGAGUUUUCAUGCUCUUUACCAAGAGAUUGUUACCAAAAAUCCUGUUUGGAGACGUUUGGGAAAAGGACUUCAGUGGCUUUAUUUCAGUCUUUGGGGAACUGGUAACAAUGUUUUGAUGGGGAACAGAGCAUUUCAUGGCAGGCCUACAGUUAACCUGGCAAUUUUACUUCACUUAUAAUUUGUGACGAGAAGUGUUCGUGAGUUGGAAUUCCGUACCAUAGUACAACGACAGCAAUGGUCCACUCGAGGGAAAAGUUCACUUGAAAACAGAAAAGUAUGAAAAUGUUCAAGUUAAUUGUAGCAUGUACUAUAAUGAACUAUACAUCAAUACUCAUCACCAUUAUAAAAUAGAACAAAGAGGAGAAUCAUCGACUCUGUGAUAAGUGUACAAGAUCUUCUUGGAUGAAUGACCAUGCAUAACACACAAUGCACUCUGGAGCGAAACCAGCAAUUUCAUAAUCACUUCAGAAAACAAUCUCAUUUUCUUGUUCUAGUGUGUGGCGACCAUAAAUAUUGAUACGGUGUUGUUCAACAAAAUGUCGAAAUGUUUAUAUCCAUUGUUGUCACAGUACAAUACUAGAAU